AUGAAGUGCCAAAACAAUAAAGUUGUGCUGACUUCCUACAUCAUUGAGGAUCCUGCAAAUAUUGUCAAUAUAUUUCAGCAGUUUGAUGUGAAUAAAAAUAAUGAGAAAACAGCUAAAGUAAAUAUGGAUGAAGAUAUGAUACAAAAUGGAAACAAACACACAUUAGACUUAUCCGAAGACAUCAAACCCAAUAGUGCCACCAGUGAACCUAAAAUUACAAUCGCAAAAUGGCUGAAGAAGCAAAUAAGAAAAACGUGUACUUUGAAAACAAUAAAAAGACGAGUACCCAUAUUCGAUUACUUACCAAAAUACACAUGGAAGAAAGCAAUAUCAGAUUUCCUGGCAGGAUUAACAGUGGGACUUACUAUAAUCCCACAAGCUAUUGCCUAUUCUAGUGUAGCUGACUUACCUGCACAAAUUGGUUUAUACUCUUCUUUUGUGGCUCCGUUUGUUUACGCCAUAUUUGGAAGUAGUAAGGACUCACCAGUAGGCCCAACAGCUAUAGAAGGCUUGCUGGUAAGAGAAAAUAAGCAUAAUUUGGGUGUACCCGGAGCUAUUUUACUUUGCUUUCUGAGUGGCUGUGUUGAAUUUGCUAUGGGAGUCUUACAUUUAGGUUUUUUGAUUGACUUUAUAUCAGGCCCUGUAGCGAUAGCUUUCACGUCAGCAGCUGCUAUUAUUGUGGCUACAACGCAAGUCAAAGAUUUGUUAGGUUUGGGAUAUCCUGGUGACAAAUUCGUUUUGGUGUGGAGGCAAAUUUUUGAACAUAUUUCCGAAACGAGUGUGCCGGAUUGUCUCAUGGGAUUUACUUGUGUGGCCAGUUUAUUUGUACUGAAGGUAAUGAUAUUUAUAAAAGAAUGGGGUGAUUUAAAAUAA